AGGAAAUACUUCAAGGUGUUGAUUGCAUCUCAUUCUAAACAAGAAUUUACGUGUGAUUUAUGUAAACAGACUUUUACAAAUAAGAGAAUAUUACAAACACAUCUGUUCUGUCAUAUUAGAAAGAAACCAUUUCGCUGCACAGCCUGCAAUAAAAAGUUUUUGUGGCAAUUUCUUUUGCGAAGACACGUGAAAGAACACAAAAGUGGAAAUAAAAACGAAAUCUCUCAUAGGAAUUUACGUUUGCAGCCAUCUGGUGAUGCAGUGAAGUCAUCUUCAAGAAAUGGUAAAGUUCACGCCUCCAAGAUAUGUGAAAAAGAAUAUAAGCUUAAAAAUAGUUUGUUACGUCAUAAACCAACGCAUAGUGAAGAUCGUUCUUUCAAAUGCGAUAUUUGCAAUAAGAGUUUCAAACGGAAGGACUGUUUAAAAACUCAUUAUGUAAUUCAUACUGAUGAACGUAACUAUACUUGCCAGGUAUGUAACAAAAGUUUUAAAACAAAACAGUAUUUGGCAAUUCAUAAAGUAGUUCAUAAUGAUAAACGUAAUUAUACUUGUCAAGUAUGUAACAAAAGUUUUAAACGAAGUGAAAAUUUAAAACAGCAUAUUGAUAUACACAGCGAUGAAUACAAAUAUUCUUGUCACAUAUGUAACAAAUAUUUUAAAACAAUAUCUACUUUGGGACAUCAUAAACUUAUUCACAAUAAAAAAUCUAAUAUCGAGCGUAAAAACGUGUAUUGCGACAUUUGUGGUAAGCGCGUUCCAUAUGGUAAGGGCCGUUUAGAAAUACACAAGAAAACACACAGAACUCAUGCCUGCGAAAUAUGUGGAAAAGAAUUUAAGCUUAAAGGUAUUUUGUUACGUCAUAAACUAGUGCAUAGUGAAGAUCGUCCUUAUAAAUGUCAUAUUUGCAAUAAGAGUUAUAAACUGAAAGGGCAUUUAAAAAGACAUCACGAAACUCAUACUGAUGAACGUAACUAUGUUUGUCAGGUAUGUAACAAACGUUUUAUAACAAAAGGUACUUUGAUAGCUCAUGAAAUACUUCAUAAUGAUGAAUUUAACCAUACUUGUCACAUAUGUAACAAAAGUUUUAAACGCAGUGUUAGUUUAAAACAGCAUACUGUUAUGCACAGCAACGAAUACAAAUAUUCUUGUGACAUAUGUAACAAACAUUUUAAAACAAAACCCUCUUUGAAAAAUCAUAAAGUCGUUCAUAGUAAUCAAUUUGAUUAUAAUUGUCAGGUAUGUAAUAGAAGUUUUAAACGCCGUUCUGGUUUAAAAGUGCAUAUUCGUAAAUACGGCAAUAAAUGCGAAUAUUUUUGUCAUAUGUGUAAUAAAUAUUUCAAGACAAAACAUUCUUUGGAACAGCACAACAUUAUUCAUAAAGAUACAUAAAGGCAUGUUUGAGACAUAUGUAAAAAAGUUUACACCAAUACAACUGCCUUAGCCAAACAUUGUAUAGUUAAAUAUGAAAAUAUGCAUGUAUGCAAAAUUUGUAGUAAAGCAUUCAAGACUGAAACCACGUUAAAAGAACAUUCGAUAAUUCACAUUGAAAAAUGUAAUGUUUGUAAUAAGGAAUUUAGAAGUAAAACCAGUUUAAUCAAUCACCAGAAAAAUCAUUAAGACAUAAAACCAUUUCGUUGUGAGAAAUGCAAUAGACUUUUUACCACUAAACAUGUAUUAAAAUGCCACGAGGUCACUCACAAUGAAGACAAUCUUCGUUACGUUUGUGAAGUGUGUAACAAAGGAUUUUGUGUAGAAAGUUUUCUAUUAAGCCGUCAACUCGUUCAUCAGAAUUAAGCGUAUUUUUGCAGAAAUAGUAAAAGCAGAUGUAAAACAGAAACUCAAUAGAUAUUGCAUUUAAAAUUUUAUUGUAUAAAAAGACAC